AUUUUAUAUUCUAUUUUGUUGCAAAAUACAGACAAAUCCACACUAUGCAACAGAAAAUCUCCCUGUCUCUUGGCCUAUAAAGUAAAAGCAGUGACACUCCCUACGCUCGUGUACGUUAUCCAACUAUAAAAAUGAGCCAAUUAUUCCUUGGAGGGGGAAAACAGGCAGCAAUUCAGCGCCUACGUACGAAAAAUGGAAGAACACGAAGAAAAUCCUACAUGGAAAUGCAAUCCCCUCUCUAAUGGC